CAGCAAAGUUUUGACCAAUUUGUGAACCCCGCUACAGGAAGUGAGUGAUGAAGGUGCUACGCAGGCGCAAAUUGACCUUUCGGUUGAAGAACCCGUCGGUCACAUAUCAUUUCAACAGUAGUUAAAGCUCCAUAACACAGCACAAUGGGUGAUAUUGAAGAUACACACUUUGAGACCGGUGACUCCGGAGCCUCCGCCACCUUUCCUAUGCAGUGCUCUGCUCUGCGCAAGAACGGUUUUGUCAUGCUGAAGGGGCGCCCCUGCAAAAUUGUUGAGAUGUCCACAUCCAAGACUGGAAAGCACGGCCACGCUAAGGUUCACUUGGUCGGAAUUGAUAUUUUCAACGGGAAGAAAUAUGAAGAUAUCUGCCCCUCCACUCACAACAUGGACGUGCCGCACGUGAAGCGUGAGGACUACCAGCUGACUGACAUCUCUGACGAUGGCUACCUCACCCUGAUGGCGGACAACGGCGACCUGCGCGAGGACCUCAAGAUCCCCGACGGCGACCUCGGCACCCAGCUGCGCUCAGACUUCGACAGCGGCAAAGAACUGCUGUGCACCGUGCUCAAGUCUUGCGGCGAGGAGUGCGUCAUCGCAGUCAAGGCAAACACAGCUCUCGACAAAUAAACAAACUCAGCAUUUAUAGGGUUUUAACAAUCGUACUACAAAUAUAAUUUUUUUACAAUCAAACAGCUCUUACAUAAAUGUAAAACAUAAUAUUAUAUGUAAUUUAACAUAAAAGAACGCGGUCAGGCGCGGCUCGAGGCUAAGCUUUCUUGAAUUUAAUGUCGAAUGUACCCGAUAGUGUACAUCUGUGUAUGGAGCCUUCCAGAAACGUCGAUUAUGUGGUGCGCCGAGGUCGCCGCUCGAAUUUGUCAACCUAACGCCCUGUUGCCUUACUUAACCCGUUGAGUAUAUUAAUACUGCACUGAUUUUAGAGUCUGUAGUGUGUGCAGUAGUUUCCUAAGGUUACAUAUGUCGGGCAGACGGGUAGCUGAGGCCGCGCCGCCGCACUAAACUUCAUGUUUGUCUUGUUUUGUUUGUUCUCUUUUCGCUUACGUCUACAUAACGUUCAGUUGCGCCGAAAUGCCUACAGUUUGUAGACCGAGAGGUCGGUGUGCGAGAGGGAGAGAGCGAAAGGUUAAAUUCUGUGUGGUCGGUAAAAUAUUGUUUUAUAAUGGUGUUAUUAACAUAACGAAAAGAUGGACGCAAACUUGAAGUUCUUACCGAUAUUAUAAAUGCUAAAUUGAUUACAUAUACAGCCCACAUCAAAAAAGCAAAAGUUGAAAAAAAAAAUAGAAAUAAAGGAAAUUAUUGAAUGUGUUGUGUGAUUGAUUAGUCCUCUACUUGGCAUCGUGAUUUCGAUCACUCGGUUGUCUUUUACUUAUAUAUUAUCCCUAAAUGUGUAACACUUGCCAUCUGUUCAAAUGAAAUGAUCGGUCCAAUAGUCCAAUUUGCAAUGUUUAAGAAAUUUUUCACCACCAACUCUGAUAAAGACUGACAAUGAACUGACCAUUUGGAAUCAAUCGCUUCAGCAAAGACUGAAAUUUGCAUUUUUAGAUGAAAUAGUAUUUGUUUGAAAUUAGUAACCGUGCAGCGCUUACUUUGGCCUUUCCUUGCUCUCUUUUUGUUUAGUUUGAACAAAUGUAAUAUGUUACACAUCGGCUCUGGGCUGCCGUAGCGCUGGUGACGUAGGGUACUUUGACUGGUUCCUCUUGGACAUGUGGACUCAUCAAUUUUAUCAACAUCAGAUUGUCAAAGACGAUAUGAUAUACGAAAUUAAUGUAAGAAUGUAAGGUAAGGCCCUAUAGGAGAGAUAUUUUUUUAUGCAGUUGAAAUUCUUUCAUCGCGAGUAGACUUAAUAUUCCUAGGCUGUUUUGUAGAAAAACAGGUAACCCAUUUUUUUUUUAGUUUUUUAAAUCUUCACCAUUUAAUUCAUAUAAAUGGUAUACAACGCGACUUUAUUUCCUAAACUUUGAAUAUGGAUUGUAUCUUUUUGCUCGAUGUUUCGAUCGAAAAUUACGUGACGCGAGAAUUCAACAAACAUCCUCACGUAAUUCUUAUAAUAUUGCCAGUACUUUGUACCUAAACUUCGAGAAAAAAAUAUACGUGUCUUAUUUUUAAGUUACGUGAUUAAUCGCGUUGUAAUACCAUUUUUCAUAACAUUGAAACUUUCAUUUUGUCUGUACGUCUAUAAUUGCAUAAUCGUUAUUGUUGGUAAUGUUUUUAUACAUGCAGCUUGUAAUCAGAAUUAUUUUAUAAAAUAAUUACAACAAACCUAAGGUAUCUGUAAAGACAUCGGGAGGUGUGAAAUAAAAUACUUUAGUCAGUAAUAACUAUUUUUUACUAACGCUGUCGUGUGCCUUCCCGAUGACGUCAUGACGGUACUUUGAAAACAGUCUAAUGUAGAACUUAUGCAUUAAAUGUGAAAUAUUCUUAAACCGUUUAGAUGUAAUGGCCAUCGUUGCACCUAUAAUUUAUUGCGAGUUAAUGUUUCUGUCGCACACAUGGUCACAAACAUUCAUAGAAAUUUAAUGUGACAAUAUAAACUGUGAAAUUUCAAGCGAACCAUGUGAGCGAGGGCGACUUAAUUGUAAAUGCGAAUUAUUAUUUAGACUUUAAUUAUUUUUUUAAGGGGGCGAAAAACAAGGCUUAUAUCUGUGUGAAGGUAAACUAAAGUUGUGUAUAUACUCGAGGAUUCAUAACGAUCGGAAUCUUUAUAAAUUUCUACAGUCCAAUAGAACUUUUCCCGACUAAUGGUUGUUGUUUUAAUGUAAACAUGCGAAAGUUGACCGAAUUUGAUAGUAAUGCCCGAAUAAAUAUGGAACUCAGUAAUAAGUAUUUAACAGUCAAAUUAAAUCUGUACAAAACAACA